UGAUUCGCGUGAAGCCCCGGCAAGUACAAAGGGAGCUGCCUCGGGAGACCUUGUAUGCAAAGUCAACGCUGACAAAGCGGAUCGCACCCAGCUCGCCAGAGGGAGCGCGACUGGACAGCGGCAAUGAUCCUGCCGAUAACCGCGCUACGGCUCGCGGUCGCAGCCGCCGUGGAGAACGUCACCACUCCAUUGCCGGGAGACUUUCCCGAUGGCGACGUGAUUAUCUGGCGGCGAAGCGACGAGGGCUCCGAUAACUCGACCUGGCUGCCACCUCCACUUCCGUCGUCAUUUAUUCCGGACAAACCGGACCCUGGCUUCACACCGGACUAUAACACGCGAAUAAGGCUGCCCCAGAACUCGACCGAUGUGCUCACCGUCGCGGAUAUCGCCGAAAUCGAGAGCAUGCUCGUGAGGCUCAACGAGACAAUGAACGACACGUCCUCGUUUGAAGGCGAGACGCCUACUGAGCGCGUCCGACGCUCCAUCGGCGACGAAGACGAACAGGACGACGACGACGACGACAAUAACGUCUCGCCGUCCAAAUCAGACGCAACCUCAGGGCUUACCGCUGAGGGCGAGUCUGUCCCUGGCUACUCGGAGGAUGCUCAAAUGCGGCCAGCGCCGCAGAUGGACGACCAAACCUCGGAAUUCUUCAGCAAAUUCCUCAGUCUCAAGUCGGGUGACCGUGUGGAAAAAACUCACGAAGAUCUCGUUGAGCCGAGCAGCCUGUUGCAAAAGGAUGAAGAUGGCGAUGAGCAGGUAGUUAGAGACCGUCGCCAGGCCAUGGCCACUUCUUCAAUAACGUCCGCAAGUAAUGACGUCGUUUCAACUACAGCGCCCUCUCAGAAGCCUACCACCGUUGCACCUUCGGAACAACAAUCUCCUGUCGUUGCCGAGGCAACCACUGUAGUGCCUCUGGAGGAAACCACUCUCGUGGUUACCGAGCCAACCACAAUAGCAGCUUCGGAACCAACAACUUUAAAAAUUCCCCAAACAAGCAGUGAAAUACCCUCACCAUCACCUCUGCCUACUGAAAACAUUGAAGAGAAACAAGAAGAAAAAACUCCUGGUCUGCCGACCACUCCACCUGAAGUCUCUACUGAACAGCCUGUCCCGGAAAUCCUUUCGUUCCCAUUCCAACCGAGUGAUUUCUUCUCGCAAGGAUUCCAUCCCCCAGGUUUCUUUCCUCAGGGAUUCUUUCCUCAAUACCCCCAAAGUGGCUACCCCCAGUAUCCUCAGAAUGCUAACCCGCAAUACCAGCAAGGUGGCUAUCCCCAGUACAACCAGAAUGCUAACCCGCAAUAUCAGCAAGGUGGCUACCCCCAGUACUCUCAGAGUGCUUACCCGCAAUACCCCCCAGGUGCCUAUCCCCAGUACCCUCAAGGCGCUUACCCGCAAUACCCCCAGUACUCCCAAAACCAGAGAGGCUUCUACCCACCCCCAAGUGGCAUCAUAGAUCCCGGCUUUGCGCCAGACCCAAACCGUCAACUACUGCAAAGAGCUCAUGAAGAACAACGACGGAAAGGCCUUAGACAACCGGAGAGUCAUGUUCCAAACAGUCACUGGCAGGGCUAUCCUGGUGGUUCUGGAAUAAUCGACCCAGGAUUCGCUCCCCGGCCUAUCGACCCACUGCUGCAACGAGACCUUGAUCUGCAGAGAGAGAAUGGUGGUAGGCAAGUACUUGGCGGGCAGCAAGAGAAUAAAAUGACUCCGGAGCUUAAUAUUGUUCACGCAGACGGUAGCACUCAAGGGUAUCCUCCAAACGCGCCAUUCCGUGGCCAAGGAGCAGAGGCGCCACGUAUGGACGACACUCUCAUUCAACAGACACAAGGUCAAGCAAGACAGGACCAAGAACAGCUGAGGCCAUCAGCUUCACAAGCCGAAACCGGCAAUUCGGCAGAGACCCUUACCCCUUCUGAUUCGGCUGUGCCCGAGAGUAACCGUGAGUAGAGAGUGGGCACAUAAAGCGAGGCGCCAUUGUUGCCUGAAUCACAGGUGUGUAAUAAUUUGGAACCGUACCAAUAAUAAAGCUUGGUCGAAAAAAAUCUGUGCUCUCGACAACAGCGGCUGGAUGAGACCAUUUGUAAAUGUU